AUGCUACAACAUACUAUUAGAGGUACUAGAGCACUCCAAACUUUGUCUUUGCGUGCAGCCAGAAGUGGGAAUGCCGUGAGAAGCAUCUCCGGUGCGAGUUCAAGCAACCCAAAAUCCAAAACUCCAAAAAGCUCAUCACAAGAGCAAAUGGACGCAAACAAGAAGAAACUGGAAGACUUGGAGAAGAAAUCCGGGUCCAUAGGAGGAGGCAACUUCCAGAGGCCGAGCCGUGAAGAGCUCAAGAAAAAGGGUGACGAAGCACAAGUCGAGCAGCAGAGACCCGACGACGGUGUGUAUUAG